UAUCUCUUAGUUUUACAAUCAACAUUUCUUUAGUUUAAGAAGAUUAAAGAAGAGGUUUAUAUAAAGUAUGGUUGGGACGGCGAAUGGAGCUGCUAGGAUACCAAGACAAGUUUUUUCGGUUGUGAAUGGUGGUAGUCAAGAUUCGGGCAUGGGGGUUGGACGGGCUAGUAGCGUUGGGUCGGAUUGUGGAGGCAUCGAGUUUACAAAAGAAGAUGUUGAAGCAUUGUUGAAGGAGAAGAUUAAGCCUAAUAAUAAGUUUAGUCUCAAGGAGAAAUGUGAUGUGAUGAAGGACUAUAUAAAAAGGCUUAGAAUGUGUAUUAAAUGGUUCCAAGAACUUGAAGGGGAUCUUUUGUUACAACAAGAAAAGAAUUGGAAGAUAGUGGAAUCAGCAGAAAAGAAAUGCAAUGAUAUGGAAAUGCUAAUGAAUGAAAAGGAGGAAGAACUGAAUUUGAUUAUAAUGGAGUUACGCAAGAAUUAUGCCGGUUUACAAGAGAAAUGUGUGAAAGAAGAAUCAGAUAAGUUGGCUGCAAUGGAAACUUUAACGAAGGAGAAGGAUGCUCGAUUGUCUGCAGAGAGAUCACAGGCAUCCAUCUUGGAAGAACUCGAAAGAGCUCAAAGAGAGAGUUCAAGUGCUAAUCAAAAGAUAAUAUCACUCAAUGAUAUGUACAAAAGAUUGCAAGAAUACAACACAAGCCUACAACAAUACAAUAGUAAGCUCCAGUCAGAGCUUAAUCAAACCAAUGAAAUCCUCAAGAAUGUGGAGAAAGAAAAGGUUGCGGUUUUGGAGAACCUCAGCAACUUAAAGGGCCACUGCACUUCUUUGCAAGAUCAGUUGACUGCUACCAAAGAAAGUAGCAAUGAGACAAUGAAGUUAAAAGAAGCAUUGGCGAGUGAAGUUGGAUGCUUACGGCUGGACCUACAACAAGUGAGAGAUGACCGUGAUCGCCAACUGUCACUAGUAGAAGAGUUGUCAGCCGAAGUGUUGAAAUAUAAGGAGUGGACUGGAAAGUCAGCAGCUGAAUUGGGUAACCUCACAACAAAGUCAAACGAACUAGAGGCAAUGUGUUCUGCCCAAAGUGAUCAAAUAAAGAAAUUGCAAGACAAACUUGCUGCCGCUGAGAAUAAACUAGAGAUGUCUGAUGUAUCAGCAUUCGAGAUAAGAACAGGAUAUGAAGAACAAAAGAGAGCUAAUUCUGAGUUACAACUUCGUUUAGCCGAGGCAGAAAUGAAGCUUGUUGAAGGAGAAUCUUUGCGCAAAAAGUUGCAUAACACAAUAUUGGAAUUGAAAGGGAAUAUAAGAGUUUUUUGUAGGGUACGACCUUUAUUGUUUGAAGAUGCUGCCGACACUGAAACAAAGACUGUUUCUUUUCCAACAACAACAGAAAAUCUUGGCCGCGGCAUUGAGUUACUGCAACAAGGGCAAAAGCAUUCUUUCACAUUUGAUAAGGUUUUUGUGCCCGAAUCGUCACAACAAGAGGUGUUUGUUGAAGUCUCACAACUUGUUCAGAGUGCUUUGGAUGGUUAUAAGGUUUGUAUCUUUGCUUAUGGUCAGACGGGUUCUGGAAAAACACAUACAAUGAUGGGUACACCUGGAAACUAUGACGAGAAAGGAUUGAUUCCACGUUCAUUAGAACAAAUAUUUGAGUCUAGGCAAACGCUUCAAAAUCAAGGGUGGAAGUAUGAAAUGCAGGUUUCAAUGUUGGAAAUAUACAAUGAGACGAUACGUGAUCUAUUGUCUGCAGCCCGGCCCUGUUCAACGGAGGCGGGUACUAAACAGUAUGCGAUCAAACAUGAUGCAAAUGGCAACACACAUGUUUCGGACCUGACUAUAGUUGACGUGCGUAGCAGUAGAGAAGUAUCAUUUCUGUUAAACCGUGCUGCACAAAGCAGGUCUGUGGGUAAGACUCAAAUGAACGAACAAUCGUCAAGAAGUCAUUUUGUGUUCACUAUGAGGAUAAUUGGUGUUAAUGAGAGCACGGAACAACAAGUGCAAGGUGUUCUUAACCUUAUUGAUCUUGCUGGUAGUGAACGUCUUUCUAAGAGUGGGUCAACUGGGGAUCGUCUUAAAGAAACUCAAGCCAUUAACAAAAGUUUGUCAUCAUUAAGUGAUGUUAUAUUUGCUUUAGCGAAAAAGGAAGAACAUGUACCUUUCAGGAACUCCAAACUUACUUAUCUUCUACAGCCUUGCUUGGGUGGGGAUUCCAAGACUUUGAUGGUUGUAAAUGUUUCACCGGCUCCUAGCUCCAUCAACGAGUCACUUUGUUCUCUUCGGUUUGCUGCAAGAGUCAACGCUUGUGAGAUUGGAACGCCUAGGAGACAAACAUCCGUCAGGCACUUGGAUGCUCGAUUAAGCUACGGCUAAUGCAUUUACCCAAAAUGAACUGUUCAAAGAGUACUUUCGUUCGUAAUUAUCAACCGGAAAUCAAUAGAGUUUCGAGUUCUAACAGUUUGGCAUUGAUGUGUAUACUGGAAAGAAUGAUCAAAGAAAUUACUAGUUAGCCAAAUGACGCGGAGUGAUGAAAUAUGAAUGAGCAUCUUUGGGAGAUCACAUAUUCACUUUGGAGAAUAGAUUUGGAUUUGUGUUUUUGUAGUUUUGUUACAAUGCAAUAACUGUUUCAUAUAAUGUUUGAAUGUUUUUUGCUGUUUAUGCAAUAACUGUUUUGUUACUAGUACUAUUACAAAGACAAA